GUCUGACUGUGUUUCGGAGGUGCUGAGAAGAAGAAGAACAUGUAAGAGUCCGCAGGCAUCCCCGCAGAUCCUUUUCGGAUUCACAGCCAAAAUGCAGAAAGGGAUGAGACUCAAUGAUGGCCACAUCACCUAUCUGGCUCUUUUGGCGAAGAAGGACGGGACGAGGCGAGGUUGCCUGAGUAAAAAAAGCUCAGACAACACAAAAUGGCAUUCAAAGUGGUUCGCUUUGUUGCAGAAUAUGCUGUUUUAUUUCGAGAACGACUCCAGCUCACGCCCCUCCGGACUGUACCUGUUGGAGGGAUGUGUUUGUGACAGGGCACCGUCACCGAAACCAUCUCUCUCAGCGAAGGAAUGCUUAGAGAAGCAGUACUACUUUAUCGUCACGUUUAAUCAUGACAACCAGAAGGCUUUGGAGCUGCGCACAGAGGACGUCAAAGACUGUGACGAGUGGGUGGCUGCCAUCACACAGGCCAGUUACAGGAACCUGGCGACAGAGCAUGAGAGCCUCAUGCAGAAGUAUCUCCAUCUACUUCAAAUAGUGGAGACGGAGAAAACGGUUGCCAAGCAACUUCGACAACAGAUAGAGGAUGGGGAAAUCGAGAUAGAGCGGCUAAAAUCAGAGAUCGCUGGCCUGCUCAAGGACAAUGAAAAGAUCCAGUCAAAUCCAGAGGUACCUCCCAGUGAAGACGACACAGAGAUCAAGAAGAUUAAAAAGGUGCAGAGUUUCCUGCGAGGUUGGAUUUGCCGCAGGAAAUGGAAAACCAUCAUCCAGGACUACAUCCGUUCACCCCAUGCCGAGAGCAUGAGAAAGAGGAACCAGGUGGUGUUUAGCAUGCUGGAGGCCGAAGCCGAAUACGUCCAGCAACUCCACAUCCUGGUCAACAACUUCCUGCGGCCGCUCCGCAUGGCUGCCAGCUCCAAGAAGCCGCCCAUCACUCAUGAUGAUGUCAGCAGCAUCUUCCUUAACAGUGAGACCAUCAUGUUCCUCCAUCAGAUCUUCUACCAGGGCCUGAAGGCACGGAUAGCCAGCUGGCCAACACUGGUGCUGGCUGACCUGUUUGACAUAUUGCUGCCCAUGUUGAACAUCUACCAGGAGUUUGUGAGGAACCACCAGUACAGCCUGCAAAUCCUCGCCCACUGCAAACAGAACAGAGACUUUGACAAGCUGCUGAAGCAGUACGAGUCCAAGCCUGACUGUGAGGAGAGGACACUGGAGACCUUCCUCACUUACCCCAUGUUUCAGAUUCCUCGUUACAUCCUAACGCUGCAUGAGUUGCUGGCUCACACUCCCCAUGAGCAUGUGGAGAGAAACAGUUUAGACUAUGCCAAGUCGAAACUGGAGGAACUUUCCAGAAUUAUGCAUGAUGAGGUGAGCGAGACGGAGAACAUCAGGAAGAACCUCGCUAUAGAGCGGAUGAUUGUGGAAGGCUGUGAAGUGCUGCUGGACACCAGUCAGACAUUUGUUAGGCAAGGGUCUCUGAUCCAGGUGCCGAUGAGUGAGAAAGGGAAGAUUACUAGAGGCCGACUGGGCUCUCUGUCACUGAAGAAAGAAGGCGAGAGACAAUGUUUCCUCUUCUCCAAACAUCUCAUCAUCUGUACACGCGGCUCCGGGGGAAAACUUCACAUCACAAAGAAUGGAGUGGUUUCGCUCAUAGACUGCACACUGAUGGAGGAGACAGAGGGGACGGAUGAUGAGUCCAAAGGGGAGCGGAGUGGCCAGGACACAGAGCAUCUGGACUUUAAAGUGAUGGUGGAGCCCAAAGAUGUCCAGCCCUACACCGUCAUCCUGGUGGCUUCAUCCCGCCAGGAGAAGUCAGCGUGGACAAGUGACAUCAGCCAGUGCAUCGACAACAUCCGCUGCAAUGGUCUGAUGAUGAACGCCUUCGAGGAAAACAGUAAAGUCACUGUGCCGCAGAUGAUUAAGUCAGACACCAGCUUGUACUGUGAUGAUGUGGACAUCCGCUUCAGCAAGAUGAUGAACUCCUGCAAGGUGCUGCAGAUUCGCUACGCCAGCGUGGAGCGUUUGUUGGAGAGGCUGACCGACUUGCGCUUCCUCUCCAUCGACUUCCUGAACACCUUCCUCCACUCCUACCGCGUCUUCACCAGUGCCGAUGUCGUGCUGGAUAAGCUCAUCACCAUAUACAAGAAACCCAUCAGUGCCAUUCCUGCGCGUUCUUUGGAGCUUUUCUUUGCCAGCAGCCAGAACAACAAACUCCUGUACGGCGAGCCACCCACAUCGCCACGUGCCAGCCGCAAGUUCUCCUCCCCUCCUCCUCUCUCCAUAACCAAGACGUCCUCGCCCAACCGCCGUCGUAAGCUUUCGCUCAACAUCCCCAUCAUCACAGGGGGCAAAGCCCUGGACCUGGCUGCACUCAGUUGUUCUCCCAAUGGCUAUGCAAGCAUGCAUUCCACCAUGUCACCCUUCAGUAAGACCACCCUCGACAUCAACAAGCUUUAUGUGUCUAGCACCAUGGCCAGCAAGAUCCCCGAUGAGGGAGACACCAAAGCCGAAGGCAAGGCUGAGGAGUCUGUCCUCAACAAGCAAGAUCUGUCAGUGAGAGAGGAAUGUGACGAGGACCCGAGUCAGAGUGACGAAGCAGAAGCAGAAAUGUCUCCUCCCAAAUCACCAUCAACACCCAAGAACGUCAAGUCCAAAAACUCUGAGUUUUCCCUGUUUUCCUUCAACAAUGGCAUGGUGGUGUCUUCUUGCCGGGAGCUGGACAAUAACCGCAGUGCCCUUUCUGCUGCCUCAGCCUUUGCAAUCGCUACUGCUGGUGCCAACGAAGGCACACCAACCAAGGAGAAGUACCGACGAAUGUCGCUCGCCAGCACAGGUUUUCCUACAGACCAGAGGAAUGGGGACAAAGAGUUUAUCAUCAGGAGAGCGGCCACAAACAGGGUCCUAAAUGUGCUGCGUCACUGGGUCUCCAAACACUCACAGGACUUUGAGCUGAACACAGAGCUAAAGAUGCGGGUAAUUGGCUUCUUGGAGGAGGUGAUGCAUGACCCAGAGCUUCUGACACAGGAAAGAAAGGCAGCUGCCAACAUUAUCAGGACUCUCACUCAGGAGGACCCUGGAGACAACCAGGUCACGCUGGAAGAGAUCACUCAUAUGGCCAUGGAGGACUGUAAGACUGAGCCAUUUGAGAACCACUCUGCCCUGGAGAUAGCCGAGCAACUCACACUGCUGGACCACCUGGUCUUCAAGGUCAUACCAUACGAGGAGUUCUUUGGUCAAGGCUGGAUGAAAAACGACAAGAACGAGAGAACUCCCUACAUUAUGAAAACAACCAAGCAUUUCAACGAUAUCAGCAACAGGAUUGCCACAGAGAUCCUGCAGUGGGACGAUGUUAACAUGCGAGUGGCAGUGAUCGAGAAAUGGGUGGCUGUAGCUGACAUCUGCCGCUGUCUCCACAACUACAAUGCCAUGCUGGAGAUCACAUCCUCGCUCAACCGCAGCUCCAUCUUCCGUCUCAAGAAGACCUGGCUCAAAGUCUCCAAGCAGACAAAGACUGUGAUUGACAAGUUACAGAAGCUGGUGUCAUCAGAGGGGCGAUUCAAAAACCUGAGAGAAGCUCUAAAGAACUGUGACCCCCCCUGUGUUCCCUACCUGGGAAUGUACCUGACGGACCUGGCCUUCAUCGAGGAGGGAACACCCAACUACACCGAGGACAACCUGGUCAACUUCUCAAAGAUGAGAAUGAUAUCUCACAUUAUUAGAGAAAUACGUCAAUUUCAGCAAACGGCAUACAAGAUAGACUAUCAACCAAAGGUUGCAAAGUACUUGCUGGACAGCAGCACAGCGCUGGAUGAGGAGAGCCUGUACGACGCGUCUCUAAGGAUCGAGCCCAAAUCUUCAUCAUGAGGCGGACUUUUCUUUCUCUCUCUUCCUCUUUCUCUUCCUCUUUCUCUCUCUCUCUCUCUCUCUCUCUCUCUCAACACCCAUAUGGAUCAAGCUCCUUAUUGUCAUAUGCACAACUAUUAAAAAGAAGCAGUUAGUUGUUGGCAUAAAAAUAGUAGAUCACGUUCCCGCCAACAAUGCUGAUUAAAUGUCUAUAACAAUAUAAUCAUGCAAGUACGAAAUGGCAAUCUGAGACAUAAAAUAGAGUAGAUAUUUUUAAAAAAUAGGGAUAAAUUGCAACAUAUAUAACAUAUGAAAGAAAACAAUAUGUAUUUGAACAAACUGGGAUGUAGUAAAAGUGUUUUCUUAAUGAGAAAAAUAGAUAUACAGAGAUGUAAAACAGCGAGUAAAAAUAUAUAAAGGUAAUGUGACAAUAGUGAUGAAGUUCAAGAGUCUCGUGGCAUGGGAUGGAGCUGUCCCUAAGUUUGGUGGUGUGGGACUGAACGCUGCGGUGCCGCCUGACGUCAGCAGAACACUUUAUGGCUUUGGUCCCUAAUUAUUUUGUUGGCCUUCUUCCUGCACUGCUGCGUGUAGAGGUCCUCUACGAAUAGCAGCUUCGUCCUGAUGAUGUGCUGAGCAGUUUUCACCGUCCUCUGUAAUGCCGAGGGUGGUGCAACUGCCAUACCAGGCGGCGAUGCAGCCACUGUGGUGGAGUGUACGGCAACAAUAUAUCAUAAUGUACAUAUAUUAUUAUUUGUAUUAGACACAGUAGGCUGUGCCCUUCUAGUAUGUGCUCCCCAAUGGACUUGUUGUGUAUAAUCGUUAUUAGAGACUGAGUAGAAGCCCAGAGAGGUUUUAUUUAUAUAGUUACAGAGUAUUUAUAUGUUAUUUAUCGUCUUAAAUACCAUUUUAUGAUAAAGUUAUUUUCAACCACAGAAUAAACAGAUGAGAGUUUACAGACAAGAUUAUUUAGUCAUGUCCUAUUGGGAACGUGCAGUAUUAAAGAGGCUCUCAUUUAUGAGAGAUGGUGGUCACAUUUGACACAUGAUGAUCGACUCCCACUUUUCUGCUCAGAUGUUAAAGAGAGAGAACUGUACAUAGUUGCAGUUAUCUUGAAACAACUCAAAACAUUUUGCCUGAUUAGUGCAGCAGCCUAUUUGCCCUCAAGUGUGGAACAUAAGUUGUGUAGUCCUUAAAAUUUCCAUCCUCGUUGAUUUAAAUUCAGUGCAGCAAUGGUGGACUCCGCCACUAAAACAGCUAAUUAUUGAAUUUAAAUAUGUGGAAUGAAUAUUACAAAAAACAAAGUGGAUAAAAGAUUUUAUAA